AUGUCUACCAUCCAGACGUAUAUUCCAGAAGAAAAACCAGCCAAGUUUGAUUUUCAACUCUUUUUGAAACAGUUGAAAAGUAAAAAAGCUGAUCCCGUAAUACGAUACAUUAGAUCAUUUUUAACAAAAUUUAAUCAAAAGUUAUGGACUGCUCAAGAACAAGAGAAGUUGAUAAAUGAUUUUAAAGAUUUCAUAAUAGAGAGAAUGACAGAGUUUGAACCUUUUAGCUUAAUGAACAAGAAUGAUUUUGAAAAUUCUAUAAGUGGAGUGGAAAAACUGAUAAUGACAAAAAUUUAUGAACAAACUUUUUCACCUGAAAUACCCUCUUCAGUCAUUGAUGACUCUCACAGAUCUGACUUGGAAAUUGAUGAAGUUUUACAGAGUAAUUAUAAAGAUUUUUCUCACUUGGGGAUUAAAGAUUUUGAAGUUGAUGAAGCCAUUGCCGCUAGAGGUGAUAAAUUUAUAAAUUUGGCAGGUGAAGAAUUAAACAAAAUGGAUCAGUUUAAAUCUCCAAGAGCAAAAAUUAUAUGCAUUCUGAAUAGCUGCAAAAUCUUAUUUCAACUAAUUAAAAGAAGUGAUCAAACACAAAAUGCAGAUGAAUUUCUACCUUUAUUGAUCUAUACCGUUCAUAAGACUGCACCAAUACAUCUUUAUUCUAAUUUGAUGUUUAUUGAACGAUUUGCAUUUACAAGGACCAGUGAAGUACAAUAUUACAUUGUUAGUUUAAAUGCUGUUGUUGAAUACAUCAAGAAUUUAUCAUCAGAUUCAAGCUCAGCAGAUGAAUGA